UAAAACAGCAAGCUACAAACAACAAGCCUAUGGCUCAUGCGUUCAAAAACCAGGCAGCAGAUGUGAACAAAAACGCUCAUCCACUGACUCGGCACCUUGCAUCUCGAUCUUUGAUGCAUUUAGGCGUGUCUUCGGGAUCUGAAGGCUUUCAGUACGAUGACAGUGGGAUGCUUCUUCCUCAUAGCAUCCUGGGUACUUUGGAUGGCUUUCGAAAGUACCUGGAGAUGAGAGGAGAGACAGAGUUGGUUAGAAAAAUACCCGAUUCUAGAAGAGACCCUCUAUCCCAGGUCCUAAGGAUGCAUCCUCCCGAGGGAGUACAGAACCAGCAAGAUGUUCCUUCGGGCCAAAGAAACAUCCAAGCUAAUGCCCUGCAGAAAUGGGAUGAAUACAUAAGGCAGCGCAAACGACAACAGAACAACUUAUCUGGACGCCUCCACAGACCAGUAGAAAACUUACUGAUGAACCGAGAUUACCCUUUCAAAGAACUAGAGCAGCAAAGAGAACUUCUACGUCGAGUCUUGCCACUCGUCCAGUCAGGAUAUGGGGACCGUGUGGGAAGUGAAUUUUGGAGUUUCCCCCAACAAUAUGGAAAUGAAUUAAGUGGCAUCAGAGCCACUCUGACACAGACGGAACGAGGCAUUCGGAAACCUGUCACGAUUAUUGGACAACCACACAGCAUACUGCAGGAAUCUGGAAUCACUUGUGCUGAGUUGCUGUAUCCAGCCUCUCAGAUUGUGGACCCAAAUAAGGACAUGCAUCAACGUGCACUUCAAGAAGUCCUGCAGGGCUUGGAACUCAACAAGAAGGAUCUCAGUAAACUGGAGGUGAUUGGUUCCAGCGUACCUGUUGUUAAAGACUCCCACCAUGUACUUUUGGAAGAGGAAGAGAACGAUCCCGAGAUAAAAAAUGAGAAAAUUAAGUCACUGGAAGAUCAGUCUGAUACUCUCCACAUUCCUGCCAUGACGUUCGCUGGUCGGCGUGCAAACUGGACCGGAAACACUUCCAGUCUGCAGGGAACGGUAGGAAUCAGCACGACAGUAGUAUUUGAAGCUCAUGUUGGGGAACGAGUUCUGUCUCAACUGGAGAUAUCCAAUGUGGGUUGCACAGCCCUCCUCUUCAGCUGGCAGCAGCUUCCUCUGCAGCAGAACUUCUCAAACCUGCAGUCCCAUUCAAGCCGCCCACAUUUCUACUUCAACACCUCCUCAGGGGUCAUCCAUCCAGGUGAGACCUUGCAAGUGGAGUUUAUUUUCAAGUCCUCGAGGCCAGGCAUUUUUACUGAGCAGUGGCAACUCAAAACCCACCCAUUGCUGCUACAAGGAGCCUCAAUUCAGGUCACACUGAAGGGGGUUUCACUUUUGCAGGACAGAACAGCAAGUCAGAGACAAUACAUAGAGACGAAGUUGGAAGAGACAGCUCGACUGGAAAUUUGCCGGAGGAUUGUCUAUGAGGUACUGCGGGGAAUUCAGACUCCAGAAAGGUCCACCUCUCCUGCAGAGCCAUACACGUUGCAGUAUAUUGAGCAAUCAGAGGAGGACCUAAAUAAGCUUCUGCAAGAAAUGAAUCCAGAACACAUCUGGGACAUCUCUGAUACAUCCAGACAGGCUGAUCCUCUGGACGAUGAAACGGACUCUCGGCGUGCUUCGAUGGAUAAGCUCAAUGAUGAUGAGCCAGAUGCAAACUGUGAUGACACGCAAGACAACACAGUUGAAUGAUUUGGGUGCAUCAGAAAUAAAAUGAUAAAAGUGUACUGGA